UAGAGUGCAGAUUCAUCUCCAACACUCCGAUUAGCUGCUAUGACGCAUUGAAAGACCUACUUGAGUGGUUUCUUAUUCAUGUUUUGUUGGUAAUAAUUAUUUCAUUUGCGGCAGAAUUAGCACUGUGUUGCGCUGUGAGAAAACAAGGCGCGUUAGACAGGAACGGGAAACAGGACGUGAAGUGAGCUAGCUUAGCUGUGUGUACUAACAGUGGUAUGGCGGAGGUAGCGGGGCCGUCCAGUGAGACGAUCACGGAGACGGUGCAGACGGGAACACCGCCGCCGCCCCAGCAGGAGGGAAGAAGCUUGACCAUCAAGCUUCGAAAGAGGAAGACUGACAAAAAGGUGGAGUGGUCCAGUGACACGGUGGAUAACGAGCACAUGGGUCGCAGGUCCUCGAAGUGUUGCUGUGUUUACGAGAAGCCCCGGCAGUUCGGCGAGUCCUCCACAGAGAGCGAAGGAGAGGACGAAGAAGGAUGCGGUAGCGCGCACUGCAUUCUCGGCCACGGGAGAGGACACGGACAGAGAGGCGGAGGCACCAGCACUACGCCCCCUAACUCCGGUGGAACAAACCCUCACUAAUCAGGAGUGAAAGAGCACUGAGCUGGCGGCAGGAAGGAAACUGCGGGGCGGACAUGUUCAUCAUUUUACAUCCGGCUACUAUACAUUGAAAUAAAGUCACUGCGUUGCUGUGUUUCAAAUUGCAAUUCGAUGCAGAGUUUGGAGCUUUUAGUUAAUGCAGGUUGAUUUUAUUUUUGAUUUCUUUUUGUUGUUGUUGUGAUUUAGUGAGAACUUCUGAAUGCUGUGGAGAUUUUUUUUUAAACUUUUUUUCUUUUUUGUACAUAGUACAUGGGUUUUAAUUUCUUUCUUUGGUUCUUUUUUUUUUUUUUUUUGGUAAAGUGUUUCUAUUUAUUUGUCUGCUAAGUUCGUUUAAGAUCAGUUCUGUCUCGUUAUACGUGUAAGUAAAAGAAUUAAGACGCCUUGGCUCAGUGAAGCUCCAGCCAGGGAUUCCAGUUAAAAAUAAAUAAAUAAAUA